AUGGCGGGCGGCCUCGGCGGCGAGGCCAGCGGCUCUGGCGAGGGCACCUACACCGUCUUCGACUGCUGCCUGGGCGGCGCGCCCUUCGAGGCGCGCACGCUGCACGAGGCGGUGCACAGCUGGGCGGACGCGCUGCACGAGCACGCGGCCCUCGCGAACGGAGGCGGCGGCCUGCGGGCCGGCCUGGCCCUGGUGCAGCGCACGGGCACGGCGGAGGUGCUGCCGUGGGGCUUCCACGCCGCCGCGGCGCUGCGCGCGGCCGCCCAGCGCCUGCAGGCCUGGGCGGCGGCGGGCGAGCUCGAGUCCGGCGGCGCCGCGGGGGCGAGCGGUGCGGGCGACGGCGAGGGCUGCCUGCUCGAGGCGCUCGGGGGCGUCCGGCAGAGGCUCCUCGCACACGCGCAGGCUCACCCCGGGGAGCCCGGGGCCCGCCACGUGCGGGUGGAGGUCUGGAGCUUGCGGGCCGAGGUCAGGGCGCCGCUGCUGCGCCACCGCGCCUCAGGUGUGGCGGGAGGCCAGCCCGGGGCCCCGGCCAUCAGCGUGGCGCUGGUGAGCCUCGGCGGUGGCGGUGGGGCCCCGUGCUGCGAGGUGGCGCCCAGUGACCUCGAGGUCAUCCAGGUCGCUCCCUCGAGCGCCGACGUUCGGAGGCACUUCAGGCGGCUGCUGUCGGGCUGGAUGGCGGCGGUUGUGGUGAUGCCCGCCGCCAAGGCUGGCGUGGCUUCCUGGCGGCCCGCGCGCGCAGCUUGCGUCUGCCUGCCGACGGUGCUUCCUCUGCCCGAUCGAGAAGAGUCGGCUCCGAUUGCGCCGGUGGAGUUCAACCUCGUGGGGCUGGUGUCUGCCGACGCCGUCGCCCCGUGCCACAGUUAUGGGGUGCCGCUGGUGUUGCGGCCGGCCCAUGCUCCUGGCGCGCGUGCGUCACUGGAGGCGCUGGCGGCGGGCCUGCAGCUGCGAGGUGCCGUUGGGAUCUUCUCGGCUGAGCUGUGCCCAGCAGGCCUGUGCUACAGAUCUCAGGCGCAGUUCUUCUUCGCCUCGCCAUCGGGGUGCCGUGGCGGCCCGAGGUCCUUGGUCCUGCAGGGGGCGCUGAGCUACAGCGUGGCAUCCGCAGCAGUCCCGGUCUCGCUGCCGCGGCCUGACCUCCGCGAGGAGGAGGAGAGGUUCUCGGCGCCGUACUUGGCCCUGGGCAGGUGGCCGCUGGAGCGGGUGUACAACCCGCUCCGCCACUGCCUGGAGCCACCGCUGUGCAGGGUGCUGGCCGAGGAAGCGGACCUCCGAGGGCGUGCGAGGGACGGCGCCAAGAUCGGACCGGCCGACGUGUAG